AUGUCCUCGCCGGCGGCGCAUCGGGUCGCCUGCGCCCCAGCAUCGCAGCCGGUCUUCCCCGACGAGAUCCUGGAGGAGAUCUUCCUCCGCCUCGACGCCGCGGAAGACCUCGCCCGCGCCUCCGCCGCCUGCACGACCUUCCGCCGCGUCGUCUCCGCGCGCCGCUUCCUUCACCGCUUCAGGUGCCUCCACUCCCCACCCGUCCUCGGCGUCCUCGAUUUCGACGACGAAGCAUUCCACCCCACCGCUCUGCCCCUGCCGCACGCGCCCUCGCGCAGGCCGCCGACUUCACCUUCUCCUUCCUCGGCACCCCUCACUGCUGACUGGUCUGCGACGCCCGCGAAGGCCGCGUCCUCCUCUACCGUCGCGUCAGUGUCACCGCCGUGUUCCCUGACCUCAUGGUCUGCGACCCCUUGCACCGCCGGCACGUCCAGCUACCCGCCAUCCCCGACGACCUAG